UUUGGUUGGCUAUGGUCAUAUUUGGUGGGGCCAGAACAGAAGUUUUAUGUUGCCUUUCCACUGAAGUGUGAUCGAAGAGAAACAAGUUAGCCAUGGCGAGUGUUUCGUAUCAUAUCUCCAAUCUUUUGGAGAAGAUGACAUCUAGUGACAAAGAUUUUCGUUUUAUGGCCACAAAUGACCUGAUGUCUGAGCUCCAGAAGGAUUCUAUCAAGUUGGAUGAUGAUAGCGAAAGAAAGGUUGUCAGAAUGCUGUUGAAAUUGCUUGAAGAUAAAAACGGGGAGGUGCAAAAUCUUGCAGUCAAAUGUCUCGGUCCACUGGUUUCCAAGGUGAAGGAGUAUCAAGUUGAAACCAUCGUGGAUAAUCUGUGUAACAACAUGCUUUCAGAGAAGGAGCAGCUGCGGGAUAUAUCCAGCAUUGGUCUGAAGACGGUGAUUAACGAACUGCCUCCCGCGUCCAGCCCGCUGGCCGCCAAUAUCUGUAAGAGCAUUACAGGACGGUUGACCAAUGCAAUAGCCAAGCAAGAAGAUGUGUCUGUCAAAUUAGAGGCUUUGGAUAUACUAGGAGAUCUUCUCAUCCGAUUCGGAGGAUUGUUGAUGAGCUUCCACUCUGCAAUACAGAGUGCUCUCCUGCCUCAGCUGAACAGUCCUAGGAUGGCUGUACGUAAGAGAGCUAUCCUAGCGCUAGGCCAUUUGGUCAUGAGCAGCAGCAAUAAGCUGUUCGCCGAUCUGAUGGAGUUCCUUAUGAACGAGCUCAGAGAAAACCAGAAUCCAUCCACUACCAGGACAUACAUUCAGUGUAUUGGUGCUAUCAGUCGCCAUGCGGGUCACCGAGUAGGAGAACAUUUGGAGAAGAUAAUGCCACUGGUUGUGAAAUUCUGCAGGGUUGAUGACGAUGAUGAACUACGUGAAUACUGCAUCCAGGCCUUUGAAUCCUUUGUCAGACGUUGUCCAAAAGAAGUCUCCCAACAUGUCUCAACGAUCAUUGAGUUGUGCCUGCAGUACAUCUGCUAUGAUCCCAAUUACAACUAUGAGAGUGACGAGGAUGAAGACGCCAUGGAUGCAGAUGCCGAAGAGGAGGAAGAGGGAGAGUCGGAUGAUGAGUACAGUGAUGAUGAUGAUAUGAGUUGGAAGGUACGCCGCUCUGCAGCUAAAUGCUUAGAGGCAAUCGUCGGCUCCAGACAUGAAAUGCUCAAUGAGUUCUAUCGGGCGGUCUCUCCAGCUCUUAUUUCAAGAUUUAAAGAGCGUGAGGAAAAUGUCAAGUCCGACAUCUUUCAUGCCUUCAUAACCCUUCUCAAGCAGACCAAACCAAUAGUGACUGGAUUUUAUGAUCCAGACUCCAUGGAACAUGAGGAGGGGCCAAUUUCAAUGUUGAGGCUGCAGGUGCCAGACAUUGUUCGGGCUUUGCACAAGCAGAUGAGGGAGAAGAGUAUCAAGACUCGUCAAGGCUGUUUCUCACUGCUGACUGAGUUGAUUAGCGUCUCACCAGGUGCACUGGCAGAACACAUCCCGGCCGUUAUACCUGGCAUACAGUUCUCACUGGGGGACAAGAACAGCAGUUCCAAUAUGAAGAUUGACACCUUGUCAUUUCUCAACUGUCUGAUGGUCAACCAUAACCCUCAAGUUUUCCACCCCCAUAUGGCCGUCAUUGUGCCCCCCGUUGUGUCAGCAGUCGGGGAUUCCUUCUACAAGAUCACCUCAGAAGCUCUGUUGGUCACACAGACUAUUGUCAAAGUCAUCAAGCCACUCAAUUCAGAGGCAACAUUUGACUAUGGUCCAUAUGUAUUGGAUUUGUACAGCUGUACAUUGAUGAGACUGAAGGCUGCCGACAUUGAUCAAGAGGUCAAGGAGAGGGCCAUCUCUUGCAUGGGCCAGGUGUUGUGCAAUCUCGGUGAUCAUCUUCAGUCAGAGUUGAGCACCUGUCUUCCGAUCUUCUUGGACCGUCUGAAGAAUGAGAUAACACGGCUGACCACUGUGAAGGCGCUGACAAUGAUUGCCGGCUCCCCUCUGAAGAUUGACAUCACGCCUAUAUUGGUAAAAGGAGUUCCGAUCCUGGCGUCGUUCUUGCGCAAAAACCACAGAGCACUCAAGUUGUCCACUCUCACAGCUCUGGAUAUGCUUCUCCAGAACUAUGGAUCGGCCCUUACGAUGCCCAUGGUGGACGGCAUCUUGGCAGAGUUGCCCCCCCUUAUCAGUGACAGUGACCUCCAUAUCUCCCAGUUGACCCUUCACCUGUUGACCUCGGUGUGCCGCGUUCACCCAACCAACGCUGCCAAGACCAGAGAUGCCAUCUUGCCCGCCAUUCUGUCCUUGAUCAAAUCCCCCCUUCUGCAAGGUGGUGCCCUUCAUGCCAUGCUUGAGUUCUUCCAGUCACUGGUGGCUACCAACACCCCUGGUCUGGGAUUCCAAGGUCUACUACAGAUGCUCUCUCUGCCUAUCUACAGUCCCCCCGACACCCAGUCCCCAUCCUAUGCAGUACAUAAGCAGGCGUUUCACUCUAUCGCGAAGUGUGUGGCUGCACUGACCAUCUCCUGUGCAUCUGAAGGUUCUAUCGUUGUCAAUCAGUUUGUCAAUGAUGUUAAGAAUCCUAAGUCGUCAGACUCUGUGCAGCUCUUUGCUUUGUUGUCGCUGGGAGAAAUUGGUCGACAUGUUGAUUUGAGUGGUCAUCCAGAAUUGCAGAAGGUCAUUGUGGAUUCCUUCUCUGCCCCUAGUGAAGAGGUCAAGACGGCUGCCUCAUUUGCUCUAGGCAACGUGAGCGUUGGCAAUUUGCCUCAGUAUUUGCCUUUUGUUCUUGAUGAGAUUGAGAAUCAACCCAAGAGACAGUAUCUCUUGCUACACUCAUUGAAAGAGAGCAUCACCCCUACCGCAGUGGACCACCUCAAACCAUUUGUUGGCAGCAUUUGGACCAUGCUGUUCAAGCAUUGUGAGUGCUCCGAAGAAGGGACUAGGAAUGUAGUCGCUGAGUGCCUUGGUAAGCUGACGCUCAUCGAUCCGCAGACAUUACUUCCUCAACUCAAGGAGUGUCUGUCCUCAGAAUCUGCAUUCACCAGGAGCACUGUGGUGACUGCUGUGAAAUUCACUAUAUCUGACCAGAGUCAGCCCAUUGACCCCCUUCUCAAGAGUUGCAUCCAAGAUUUCUUGAGGACCAUGGAAGAUCCCGAUCUGAACGUUCGCCGGGUGUCUCUGGUCACGUUCAACUCGGCGGCACACAAUAAGCCAUCGUUAAUACGAGACCUGCUGGAUCAGAUAUUGCCGAAUCUCUACAACGAAACUAAAGUCAGGAAAGAGUUGAUUCGGGAAGUAGAAAUGGGUCCUUUCAAACAUACAGUGGAUGAUGGCUUGGACAUCAGAAAGGCGGCCUUUGAGUGCAUGUAUACCCUGCUAGACUCCUGUCUGGAUAGACUCGACAUCUUUGAAUUCCUCAACCACCUAGAGGAUGGUUUGAAGGAUCAUUAUGAUGUCAAGAUGUUGACGUACUUGAUGUUAGUGAGACUGUCAACGUUGUGCCCACCCGCGAUUCUGCAACGUCUGGACAGAUUAAUUGAGCCAUUAAGGAACACCUGUACAACCAAGGUUAAGGCCAAUUCGGUCAAGCAGGAGUUUGAGAAGCAAGAUGAAUUGAAGCGGUCAGCCAUGCGGGCUGUAGCCUCCCUGCUCAGCAUCCCAGACAGCGACAAGAAUCCUCAGCUGACGGAGUUUGUGGCUCAGAUCCGCUGCAACCCUGAGAUGUGCAGCAUGUUUGACAGCAUUCAGAAGGACAGCUCCCUGACCAGCGCAGAUUCCCUGAUGGAUACCAGCUGAAUUAUGCUUUGAAAGCAUCAGACUCCCUGAUGGAUACCAGCUGAAUUAUGCUUUGAAAGCAUCAGAGUCUGCUUGCAGUGCUCGCUUCUGCAUCUCCCUCGACAAAUGUAAUAUACCUUUUUUCUCUAAGAUACCCUGAGAAUUUACCAGUGUUGCUGAUAUCAACAGCAAGACCUAGGAAAUCAGGAUUUGUCCGUCAGACAGUGUCAUAAUUUUAAGGACUAAAACGUAACAGGAGUAAGUCAGAUUUCAACUCGUGUGCAUAUUUUGACAAUACAACCCAAAACGUGAUCUGUACUGAAGUACAGUUGAGUGUUGAUACCUGUAGCAAACACAAUGGGGCUCAUAAAAGAAACUAACCUUCAGGGUACCAUGUCAAUAUAUACAGACUUUAAGGUGGUUGCCCAGUUCAUGUUAACACUGACAGUUUUUUUAUUUGAGGCUUUCUGUGCACCUGCUGCCGACAUGGCUGUAAUAUUGUUAAAGAAAGUAGAGAGCGCUCAGAAAAUCCCAUUGGAUUAGCAACAUUUGCUAAGACUGAACAGACCAUGUGCUAAUUCACCCUGGGUUUGUCUUGUCAGCAGUGCUCAUACAUAAUCAAUGACCCUGAAUAUAGAGUGGCAUUCCGUUUACCGUGUUCUGUAUUUAUGCUUGAGAAUGCAUUCUCAUGGAAUUACUGGUGCUUUGCAGUUGCUUGACAUGAAUUGUGUACACAUAAUUUUCCAGGGCAAGGGGGGGAUUUUAAUUGUAACCUAUUGUUCGUUGUAGUGGUAUCCAUCUUUGACACAUUAUGCUGGAUUGGGAGGUAACACUUAGUGCUUAACCCGUCCAAUUACACUAGUGCGACUGAUACGCGUAACUUGUAAAACACUGAUUUAACCCUAAAAGUCCUCAGUCCUCCAACAGGUGAAGGAUUAAGGAGUGUUAGGGUUAAGGAUCAAACUCACCACUGAUGGAUGGCCAAAUUUUCAAGAUUAAAAUCUGAAUUGUAUCACUAUAAUUAUAAUUGGUAACUCAACCAUACAUAAAUUGAGGUUGACGCUGACCCUCAGGUUGAUGUAAAAAGCUACAUUGCAUAAGGAAGAUGGAGAUGUUCUUGUAUUUGCUUUUGGCUCACGAUAGAGCUGAAUAGAUCCACGACUUACAUAGCCCUUUCACCGUUAAUAUACUAGAUCUAAUAUGGACAGAAAUUUGUAAUCGCAUUUUAAAUGUGAGAACACGUAGACAUUUCUGUUUUCUGAAAGACAUGAAUUUUUGGUGCAGAGCAUAAUCAACUAUUAUAGUUAAUUGACAGAAGAGGACGUACAUGAAAGAUUAGCAAGUUAACUUUUAUUUAAGAACCCUCUGCUUUUUAUGCAAAAUACUAAUGUUUACUUAACCCUGACACUCCUCAGUCCUCCAACAGGUGAAGGAUUGAGGAGGGUUAGGGUUAAAAAAGUCAGAGUAGACAUUUUGCAGGUGUUUUUUUUUGGGGGGGAGAGGGUUAGUUCUCUGUAUGUCAGGUGAUCUAAGCCAUCAUUUGGUUGAACCGUAGAAUGUAUUAUAUUUAGUCCAUUUGGGCAUGUGUCCACACCAUGAAACUAAAGGAAGCUUUAUCCCAUGGCUGGCACGUACAUGCGGUCCAUGUGUAUGAUCACCAGUCGUGUAUUGUCCGACACCUACAUUACCCUCGUAAAGCAUUAUUGUACAAACAUUGAGUAGCAGGGGAAGGACUUGUUCUCAAGUUUUUGCCAGUGACAGAACACCUGGUUUGUGGGUACAAGAAUGGAGCACAUGCAAUUGGGCAUGCACAUUUGCAGAGCUGCUGAACAAGAAACCUGUGCUUGCAACAGAAAGAGUAAGGGUUACUGGAAGAUGUUCAUUGAAAGUGAAAUAGUCCCUAGUUGAUGUCCAGUGAAGAUUCCUUAUUUCUGUCAUUUUGAUUACAUUGCCUUGAUGAUUCAAAUUAUUCGUGGCGACCAUUUCACUUUACUUGAGACAGUCCCGUUACUCUGUUGCUCGUUAAGGGGAUGCACAAACAUGCAUUCAUUUUCACUCAAACGUACCUGCGCUUUGAGGGGCAUGUCCACAUCAGAAACUGUGACACAACUUUGUGGCAAUUUUAACACCAGCUCGCUAUGUGCAUAGAACAACCAGGCAGCUGUACUGGAAAUUCUAUGUCACAAUAACCAUAGUGUCACCCUCAUAAAUCUUUCUGGCUAUGUUAACAUUAGCAAAGUGUUCCGGCAAGUAUUAUGAAUAAUGAUGCAUACUAAGUCAUUAAAGAUCCUGAUGUUCAGCUAAACUUGUACAUAAUUAACAGUUUGACUUUCCACUGAAGGUUUAAGAGUCUGGUGGGUGUUUUGCCAGAACUCCAGUGAUAAACAUUCAAUUUAAUUUUAAACCUGUUGGUAAUUAAGCAACCCCUCUUUCUUGUGAGGUGAAGUAGUUAAUUUGUUGGCAAGUUAUCUGACAGCAACUUUGCAAAAUCUGAGCUUCGCUAGUUUUCACAUUAAAUGAAGAAAAAACAACACAUUUAAA